AUGUACUGGCUAUGUGAGGGACUGAGUUGGUUGGGAGAUCGUGCCCCCCUCCCCCCGUGCCUAGAGACCGAGACCCUGAGAGAUUACAUAGAGAACAGCCUGGCAGGAGAGUUCUCCUCUGUCGUGUACCAGGACGCAGCACAGAGGAGGAAAGCAGGACUUCCACAACAGACCCCUGGUCCUAUUGUAUGCCUGUACAACAGUCUAGUGGAGCACCUAGCCAGAGUAGCCAGCUCCAACAACCUCCAAGCCUUGUCCUGGCCUGUCGCUGAGUUUGUCAUGACUGGACACAGAACUGACCUUCUCUCCCUGGAGUGGAACAGUGAGACCCAGCUGAUGUUGCUACAGGAGCGAAUCCUGGCCCUGCGUCUGCCCCCUGUACCCUACAUAGAUGGAGAAGAGGAUUGGUCAUCAGUGUGCCAGUACUGUGCAGAUUACGUCUUGUCUCUGCCUGCUGACUCCAAAGAGCAAACUGUGCUUCUGACAAGACUGCGGUGGCUGUUAAACAGAGUACAGACAGAGUUUGAGGACACCUGUUACCUGGACUAUGAUGUCCCUAACUGUGAGCCCACGGCUGCUCACGUCCCCUGGACUCGCCUGGUGGAGAUGUGUGUGAGCCACAUGGUGCAGAGACUGGACUGGGUGGGGGAAGACGGCAGUGUGCUGACUGUACACUACCUCCCCGAGGAGCUGUCAGGCUUCACCCAGCCCCCGGAGUGGAGGGCUGCAGUGGGGAACACUUCAGCUGAAGUACUGGAGCAGCCACACAGUUUGGUUGUUGCAACACAGCAGAGUGUGAGGAAGAAACAUCAGGAGCUGUCCAGAGUGGAGACCACAGAUACUAGUACAGCAGACACCACAGAUGGAGACCUGAAGCUGGAGGACAAGUUGUCCCCUGCAGUAUCUGCACUCAUCAGGAAGGCAGAGGAACUCAGGAAGAAAAUUGCUCAGGAGAGGGUGCAGACAAAAAGCUAUGAAGACCAGCUGCAGGUUUAUGUGGAGGAUGGGCAGUACCAGCACCAGCCACCAGGGGUCUCUCCUUUCAGUUCACCAGAGGACAUGAGAGACCCACCGCCGAGCCCCCCCGGUCCAGACCGCCUGGAUCUGACUGCCCAGCCCCGAAGACUGUCCCUGGAGGAGAAUCUGGAGGAGUUGAGAUGGAGAAUCGCUGCCGGGAAGAGAGACUUCCGCUUGUCGGAGCUCAGACUGAACUCCCUGUUGGACAUGGGGGACUUCCAAGCCAAACACUUCCAGUACUCAUGAAAAAGUUAUCACAGCCACAGCCAUGAAAUGU